AUACGUUGGAGUUGCGUUGGAGUCUGGAACCUCGAAGUCGUGAUGCCCAGAUUCCUCGAAGUCGUAAGGGGUGUCCCCAAAACUGUAGUGGCCGACGACAACCCUGAGAUCAAACGUGAACAAUAACACUCCAGCCCCGUCCCAAUGUCUCUCGCUAAACAACAAACAGGUAAGCGCCCACCCUCAGUACACAGCCUCACCGGAAACGACUCCCGGCCAUUACGAGACGGCGACGACGCGAACGACGACGAUGUGGAGGGCGAGGAAUCUGAGGCCACAGAGGAAACCUCCGACGAGGACGGCGACACAACCCGCGUGGAGUUCUCGGAGUUGGGGGAGGAGGACCAGCGCAAGCUGCUUGAGUACGCAUACGACGAUAUCCUCGCGGCAAGCUUAAACGGCGUGAUUUGCGAUGUGCGACGAGCGGAGGUGCUGAGACGGAGCCCGUGUCAGAUCUGCUUUACCAAGCGAUGUCACACCCACAAUCCCCGUCCCGGCUUCGACAUCCUCGGCCUCCCCCUCGGCGACAAAGAAACCGCCCAGCAGAAAGUCAAAUGCGACAACUGCCAAGGAUAUUACCCAGCGCAGCGAUUUGCGCCGCAUUUGGAGAAAUGUUUGGGGAUUGGUGGAAGGGUUAACUCGAGAUCGAGUAGUCGCAUGCCUGGCAACGAGCGCGCCUCAGCGUCGCCCCACAACUUCACUUUUGACUCUGAUAACGAGUCGUUGGCUAGUAUCGGCGAGAAGCGAGGGAAUCCCCCCUCCGCCACAAAACGCUAAAAAAGAAACGUCAUCUCCUGGACGAGAUGCGCGCGUCAGUGCAGGCUAGCUUGGCGCUGGGAUACAGCACGCCGGUGGAUGUGACGGAUUCGGGGCAGACUUCUGCUGACGAGGUUUAGACCCCGAGGGCAAUCCUUGGUCAUU